CAAUUUGUUGUCCAAAAAAAUGCAGGAACAACUUACAUUUAAAGUUCUUUAUGUAUGUAAUUUGUUUGUUUAGGCUAUCUUUGCAUCAAUGAAAAUGACAUCACAGACAUUAUUACAUCUGGUGGAUCAGUGGAUUGACGUACAAGGAGUCUUGAUAUUUCUGUGCGUUCUGCUGUUGGUGAAACACGUGUAUGAUGUUCGUUCAAGCAACAUGCCACCUGGUCCCUUCCCUCUGCCCUUCAUCGGAAACUUGCUGAACAUCGGAUUUAAUGAUCCAAUGGAGUUCUUCCCAAAGAUGGCCAAGUGGUACGGCGAUGUAAGCACAUUCUAUCUUGGAGACAAACCCUGCAUACUGCUCACCGGAUAUGAGACGUUUAAAGAGGCGUUUGUGGAACAAGCAGACAUCUUCACCGAACGGCCGUUCUUCCCUGUCAAUGAGAGAAUCAGUAAAGGAAAAGGUCUGAUCUUCUCCGGUGGGCACAUGUGGCGCCAGCAGAGAAGUUUCGCUGUGGCAACACUGAAAUAUUUUGGUGUGGGAAAGAAAACUUUGGAAAACUCCAUCCUGCAGGAGUGUCAGAUUGUUUGUAAGGCUCUGCAGGAUGAAGAAGGUUUGCCUUCCGACCCUCACCACGUGUUGACCUAUGCAGUGGGGAAUAUAAUAUGCAGUUUGGUUUUUGGAUACAAGUUCGAGUAUGACGACCAGAGUUUUCAUCAGCUGUUGAAGUAUUCGGACGAUACCUUUAAACUGCCUGUCAAUAACUGGGGUCGGUUGUAUAACCAGUUUCCCACCAUGAUGUCCUUCCUGCCUGGGAAACACCAGACGACGUUUGCCAACCUUUCAAAGCUUAAGCUCUUUUUUCAGGAAGAAAUUAGGAAACACAAAGAAGACAGAAACCCAUCAAGUCCCAGAGAUUACAUUGACUGCUAUCUGGAUGAAAUCGAGAAGAGUAAAGACAGCGAGGCAGAGUUCACAGAAGACAAUCUGAUACACUGUGUUCUGGAUCUGUUUGGAGCAGGAACAGAAAGCACGGCUAAAUCUCUCCGAUGGGCUUUACUCUACAUGGUCAAAUACCCAGAAGUGCAAGAGAAAGUUCAGUCGGAGAUCGAUCGUGUGAUCGGACAGACACGUCAACCGCUGAUGGAAGAUCGGGCGCAUCUGCCGUACACCUACGCUGUGAUUCAUGAGGUUCAGAGGUUUGCAAACGUCCUCGCCUUCAUUCCACCGAGAGUAGCCUGCAGAGACACGACAGUAGCUGGAUAUCUCAUUCCUAAGGGUGUGAUGGUGCUACCAAUGCUAAAGCCGAUCCUUGAGGACAAGAAUGAGUACGAAACACCACACGAGUUCAACCCUGCGCACUUUCUGGAUGAACAUGGCAAAUUUCUCAAGAGGGAAAACUUCAUCCCCUUUUCAAUAGGUAAGAGGAUGUGCUCGGGUGAGCAGAUGGCCCGUAUGGAGCUCUUUCUCAUUUUCACCUCCCUGAUGCAGAAUUUUACUUUCCUGCCACCUGAAGGAAAAACUCUGAGUCUGAAAAGGACGGUGGCCAUCGCUUCUGCUCCUGAGCCUUUCUGCAUACGUGCCAUACCGCGAUAAUGCCACACCUUACCGUAUUAAAAUGGAGGAAUUGAUACAAACACAGAUAAAAAACUAACAUAAGUGCAUGUGUUUUCUGUUUGUAACAUGUUGUUUUUGUUUUAUUGAAUUGCAUGUGAAUCAUUUAUUGUUUUGCAUAUAUUCUACAGAAAUGACUAUAACAGAUCUGCCUAAAGAUGCCAUUAGACGGUCAUGUCUACAAUGCUACAAUGUCCGCAGUCUACAAAGCAUGUUGCAAGAUGUCCCUUGUGAGUUUUCAUGGAUUUGAAAACAUCACCAAACACCUGCUGUGUGCAAGAAUUUUUUACAGUUCCUCUAGACCAAGGGUGCCCAAACUUUUUCCUACCAAGGGCCAAAAUUCAAACCUGACUGAGGGCUGGGGGCCGAAAGUAAAUAUUGCUGUGUUAUAUUAAAAUUAAAGUUACCCUGAUUCUCCUAAUUUAUACUUUUGUAAUAUUAAAAAAAAAAAUAAGCAUUACUCUGUUUAUGCAUAACUAAUGCAUUAACAUUAUUAGCCUAUAAUACCCGAGAUUGUUUCGAGUUUACAUGUUAUACACCUUCAAGUUUGCAUGUCAAUUUAAUUCCUUGAAUUAUAUUUCAGUUUACAUUUUUGUAAUGUAUAAAUAAAACAAAAAAAUUUACAUUUUAGAAAAUGUUUGAUUAGAAAUAUCUGCAUCAAUGACGUUGAUCUUUUUUCCUUAUCUCACGUGGCAUGAUGGGCCAAAUUAAAGGUCAUUGCAGACCAACUUUGGCUGGCGGGCCAAUAUUAGUUUGGGCACCUCUGCUCUAAUAAAUAAUAAAGACUAGAUGAUUUUCUGCUACAGAAAUGUAUUCACACAUAUUCAUUCUUUGUAAAACCUUUAUUUGCACUUUGGUAUAUUUUGCACUUUUAGCAUCAUUUUAACAAUGUUAUGAAUAUGCCAAUUUUAACAUCAUUAAAUCUUCAAGCUCAAUAUAACAUUUCUGCCUUAUUUUUGACUGUAAAUGGCUCUUUUAAUAUCAUAAACAUCACAACUCAAGAAUUCAAGAUGUCAGUUUAGUGCCAAAAGCAGGUAAGCUGGUUUGCAAUAUGGGCCUUUCAACUUAUAGGACGUUUCUGGAUUGAUGACUGGAAAGCAAGCAUUCACAUCAUUUCCACCUGGUCUCCUGCAUCUGCAGUCAUCUUUGAUGUCAAUGGUCUUGAUGUUGUGAUCAUGGUAUGAUGCCAGAUGGUUGUUAAUAUUUGUUUUGUCAGUAGUUAAUUAUUAAGUUUAAUUAAGAUAUUAUAUUGAAGAAAAUAUGGACUGAAUCAUUCAAAGGAUCAGUUCCCUACCCAUUCAGUCUUCAUCAUCUGAUAUUCAUCCCCGGCUCAGGUAAGCAGACAGGUGUGAAGGCCAAGGACAGUAAAACGUGUCUAAUUGUCUCAUAAAAUGAG